GUCGUCGUCACGUUGGUCCUCGCGACUGGACUCUACAAUGGGUCGAUUCCAAAACCGUUGCUGUAAGUGCGAAUCGGGUUUAGCAAAUGACUUCCCAGGAUCUCCUUCGCUCACCAUCGGUCCCACACACCAGGCCUCAGGUAGUAUUCGACGAUCCCUCAACAGGCCCUUUCCAUCAAAAAUGCGGAGCCGAGCCGACGGCGCUGGACAGCAUCCCCGACGUGAUCCGCGCGCUUUGGGCGCCCCUUGUCGUGCCGAUCACGGCUCCGGCCUUCACGACAAUCGACGGCGAGAAGAAGCGCCUCCCGCCGUUUCCCGAACUGAUCCACACCAAGCCGCUCGGGAAGCGGGUUUGCAUCCUCGAUCUCGACAACCGCGAAUUCGCCGACCAUGGCGAUGUCUUUUCCUACCAGAUACCUACCUGGGGUAACCUAAGGGGUCCAGCCGCCGGCUUUAUUAGCCACUAUUUGUAUGCCAUGAUCCACGGCUACUCAUACAAGUUCAUCCGCGCGCCCAAAUACCCUGACCGCGCCCCGCACUGGUCCAAGGUUAUCUUCACCAAGGAAAUGCUCAAGCAGUACGACGUAGUUGUCAUGAUGGACUCGGAUGCCAUGUUUGCGACGCCCCAGGUACCGUUAGAGUGGCUGCUGAACUACUGGAGGAUCGGGCCCGAAGCCCUGGUCGCCAUGCCCGAGGACCCUCUAGACCACCCCAACUACGACGUCCGCCGGAGGGUCAACGUCAACUCGGGCUUUAUUAUCGCACAGGCCGGCGAGAAGACGCAACGCCUGUUCAAGGACUGGGCCGAGUGCCCGUCUGAGACGCGGUAUCCGGGUUGCGCGGUCUGGAAAAAGCGUCCGUUUCACGAGCAGUCGGCCUUCAGCUCUCACGUCCGGUACGACUUUCUCGACGGCUAUAGUAUCGACUCGCACCCGCAGUACAUUCGCACCAUUCCGUGUACCGAGGCCAACGGCUACCCCCAGGUCGCCCAGAGCGGCUGCGUCGGCCAGUUCGUCCGUCAUUACUGGGCCGACAAAAACCUGACGAACCUCGAGUUCAACCACAACAUCAUGGCCGCCCUCACUCCGCUCCUCGUGCAGUCGGCUUACAAACAGCCCGGCGUCGUCGAGGACUACCGGGAGAAGGUCCUGGACGGCGCGCUGAUUCUCGACAAUCCGCACCGCUGAGCACCGUGACGGGGUUGUCUUUCCAUUCGUGCUAUUUACUGCGGCCCGCAAGGCUCUACGUGUUUAUUUACGGCGUAUUCGGGGGAAUUUGUCUGGACAUUCUGGGAAUUCGGGCGAUAUAUCGGCGUGGUUAAGGGAUAUCCGCGUAUUUACCCUAAUUCCACGCUUUAUUUAACUAGGAUUAUCCUAAUCUCGCCUUUGGCGGUUUCCGGAUCAACUCAGCCAGAUCAUACCACAGUUGGUUGACUUGGGAAACGUAUCUGAAUCAGAGUCUUGAUGGUAAAAUAAAGAAACUCGACUGACUGAGUCCCUAACAGAGGGUGUUCAAGGUU